CAACCAGUAGGAAAUGUUUUGUGCACUAUCUGGAGAAUCUAUAGAUAUAGGGGUUGUCUCAAAAAAGAGCGGAAAUGUCUAUGAAAAGAGGUUGAUUGAGGCGUAUAUUCAGGAAAAUGAGAAGGAUCCUGUUACAGGAGAGCCUCUGACACUUGAUGAUUUAGUAGAAUUGAAGACAUCCAAAACUAUCCGGGGACGGCCACCUCAAGCAACGUCUAUACCUUCACUACUUGCUAUUUUUCAGAAUGAAUGGGAUUCUUUGGCUCUGGAAACAUAUAAUUUAAAGCAACAACUGAAUCAAGCACGUCAAGAAUUAAGUACAGCACUUUAUCAGCAUGAUGCAGCAUGUCGAGUUAUUGCACGGCUUUUAAAAGAAAGAGACGAAGCAAGGGAAGCUCUUAAAAAGAUUAAAAUUUCAUUGGAAUUUCCAGGGACAUCUAUAACUAAUAAUGAACAAAUGGAUGUGGAUGCACAAGCACUUCCUGAACAUGUGAUUCAAAAAAUUGACGAAACUCAAAAAACAUUAUCUUCGAAUAGAAGAAAAAGAAAAAUUCCGGCAGAUUGGACAACUGUUGAGCAAAUACAACAAUUUAAGUUAUCAAAGAGCAUCUCUCCUUUUAAAUCUAAAAUCACUUCUAUUGCUAUUACUGAUCUUGGAAAUAUGAUUUUAGUUACUUGUAAGAAUACUCUAAAAAUAUACUAUGUUACAGAUGAAAAGCCUGCAUAUUCUUUGAAAUCUCCAGGGGGAGAAAUAACAUGUGGAUUAUGGAUAGGAGAAUUGCCUGCGAUUGCAAAGUCAGACGGAACUAUUCAUAUUUACACAUCUUUAGAUGAUAAUGAUAAAAAAAUUUCUACUCACGAAAGCAAAGUUAUUUCCUUGGCUUUACAUCCAUCAAAUGAUCUUCUUGCUUCAGCAACCAUUGAUGGAGAAUGGGCAUUACAUGAUUUACAAAGUGAUCAAACAAUUGCUAAGUAUCGUGAAAAUACUGAAUUUACUUGUGCAAAAUUUCAUCCAGAUGGUUAUUUAUUUGCUUGUGGAACUAUAGACGGAUUAAUCAAAAUAUAUAACGUUAAAACCGGUAAAAACGUUGCAAAUUUUGAUUCUCAUAAAGGUUCUAUCACUUCUCUUUGUUUUUCUGAAAAUGGAUAUUGGCUUUCUGUUUCUUCUGCUCAAGAUUCUCGUGUACACAUUUGGGAUCUCAGAAAUAAUACUCAAACUCAAUUUUUGCAAGCUACCGAUUCAAUUCUUUCGCUUAAUUGGGAUUAUACUGGCCAAUAUCUUGCUAUUGGUUCCCCUAAAACUAUCACCUUAUGGUCUUAUUCAAAAUCAACUAAAUCUUGGACAAAACUUCAAGAUAUUCAAAACCCUGUUUCUCAUUUACUCUGGGGUUCUCGUGCAGCUACUCUUUUUGUUGCCAAUGAUACUAAUCUUACUACUUUUUCUUUUUAA